GAAUUUAUCUAUAUUCUGUGUCCUAUGUUUGAGAAAUGUAAAUUCAAACAAAUGACGUGAAAUAAUAACGUCUUACUAAUUUGAAUUGUUUAAUAAAGUGUAUGAACGAAUUAAAUGUAGGACAUAGUAGAAUGGCGGACAUUGAAGAAGAAAAUAUGCUUUCGUUUCAUACCGAAAUUGGGGAGGAAAGUUCUGUUGGUGGUAGCUCAAAAAUGAUGAUGCUCAUGAACAAUAUUCACUCCAAUUUAAAUCACUACAGACAGGAUCUCACACAACAUACUCGGAGUUUGUAUCAUUGUGAAAGACAGCCAUCUCCUAUGUCAUUCAGAUGUGGUUUUGAGGCCAACAGAUUUAAUUCUAACAAAUAUCCAAGUUCCCACAGAUCUGUUUUAGAGUGUAGGAGUAGAUCUCCACUUUCAUUGCGUAGUGGGGACAGUGUAAGGAGUGCCAUUGACAUAACAAAUGCCCUUAAGUGUGAAUCAUUUAAUACACAUGAAUUACAAAUGAUUAAAAAUGUGGUUUGUCGAAAAUUAAAACAACAAUUAAGAAAAAGAUAUGAAAAAAAUAGAAAUAGGUUUAUGUUACUAAACACAAAUAAUAAUAAAAUUAAAAACAUUCAUAGAAAAAUUGUUUCAAGUGGAGAAACUAGUGAUUCUCCCAUAAGUAGCAAUGAAGAUGGUGAAAACCAAUCAAAUAAAAUGGCCACAGUGUUUACAGGACCACAAAUCAGUCAAGUUAAUAAAUCUUUAGUAACAACUACAAAAAAUAAUAUUCAUCUGCUAACAGAUCUUAGAAUGCCUGUUCAAAAAAACAUGUUAUUGAAUUCCCACAAAAACAAUAACCAUUUAGGGGAAGUAAUGAAACCAGACUCAACUCUAGUAUGCAAUGAAGAAAGAACACUUAAAGAAAUAACAACUAAAGAAUGUCCACUUCAAUCACAAAGAUUUACAGAAACAGCAACAACCACUAAGAGGAAUAAUUUGAUUGAGCAACAUAAGAAAACAGAAGAACAGAAUUGUUGCAGCAGUGAAAAUGAAGGUAACUUUUCUGCUUAUGAUAAAAGAAAACGGUCCCUAAAAGAUCAAUGUUACAACAAUGAAAAAAAAAUAAACCUUUCAAGCCCAAUAUCACCAUUUAAACAUUUGACAAAAGACGUGUUUAAGAAACCGUUAAUGCCUAUGACAAAGGCUGCAGGAAAACAUGUGAAUAUAAAAGAUGUGAUUUCCGAGGCUACAAUGCAGCCUUUGAGUGGAUCCAAUCAGAAAGAUAAAAAAAAAUCAUUAAGACAAAUGGAGGAUUUAAAAAUAAAUGAAGUUUCAUUGAAAUCUAGUUUUUCAAAGAGAAAAUUAUUUACUCAAAAAGAUCUCUUAAGUGUUAAAGUAGCAAGUGAUGCUGCCGGAGGAAGUCCUCAAGCAAAAGUUGACAAUAAAGAAAAGAAUAAAGCAAGAAAACUUGUGACAUCACAGUCUUGUCUAAAUAGAAAUGUUUCUGAUGAGGAAGACGAUGUAUUGGGCUUAAUUAAAAAAAUAAUUCCUGCUGAACAAAUUAAUUCAACAUCUAGUAAAAUUAUUAAAACAAACUCUGCUUGUGAUGACAAAUGUAACAGUGAUGUCAGUGAUACGUUUACAGAUGAAACACUUAAUAGCACAGCUUUUGAAACAGAUUCUAGAAAGGAUAAUAUUCAAAAGAGUAGCUGCCAGCAAUGGCACAAUGGCCGCUCUAUACUUAGAGAUUGCAGUGUUAUUAUAAACAAACAUGCAACCGCAAAUAUGGUUCAAAGGUCCAAAUGUGUGAAAUCUUUUUGGGAUACUGAUAUUGAAAGUGAAAAAGAAUCUGAAACUGUUCCCGCCUGCAAAUUAUUCAAUGCCGAAAUAAAAGGUCAAUUAAAUGAUGCGACUUCAUCAACUCUUAAUACCACAAAACAUCAAAUAAGUAAGAAUGUAGGUAAAGUUUUAACAGUGCAAGAUUUGAUAAAUAAAAGGAAUGCUAAGAAGAAAACAUUGAACAUGGAUAUAAAAGUCUCAAAUGAUAAAGAAAAAAAAAUGAGGGAAAACAUUAAAAAAGCCAGCAGUGAAAUUCCACAAAAUGAUAAAGAAAAUAUAAAUACAAAACAGAAUGAACAAAAUAAAGUAGAAUCUAUAAUAAAUAAAAAGAAGAAGGAAACUUUAGGUCAGUCUAGCCCUGUCAAAAAAAAUGCUUUUAAGAAGAAACAAACUGGCACUAAAGAAAAUUCAGAAUUGAAGAGGAAAGAAUGUAAGAGAUCAAAAAGUUCUAACAGAAACUGCUCUGGAUGUUAUAGUACCACAAAUAACAUGAAAAAUGGUAUUAAGAAACAAAGAUAUUUAAGGACAAAACCUGUUCUAAAUAGCUCCCUUAAUACUAGUGAUAGUUUAAACAUUUCAAGAACAAGGUCCAAAAAACAAAAUGCAAAUGUUGAUUCUUCAAAGGAAAAUAUUUCUCAACUUUCUGAAAAUGUCAACAUUACUUUGCUAAGUUUAAGGCCACGAAAACUAAUCAAACCUUCAAGGACUAAACCUAAUCUAAAUAGCUGCCUUAAUACUAGUGAUAGUUUAAACAUUUCAAGUUGGACAAGGUCCAAACAACAUAAUGCAAAUCUUCAUUCUUCAAAGGAAGAUAUUUCUCAACUUUCUGAAAAUGUCAACAUUACUUUGCUAAGUUUAAGGCCACGAAAACUAAUCAAACCUUCAAGGACUAAACCUAAUCUAAAUAGCUGCCUUAAUACUAGUGAUAGUUUAAACAUUUCAAGUUGGACAAGGUCCAAACAACAUAAUGCAAAUCUUCAUUCUUCAAAGGAAGAUAUUUCUCAACUUUCUGAAAAUGUCAACAUUACUUUGCUAAGUUUAAGGCCACGAAAACUAAUCAAACCUUCAAGGACUAAACCUAAUCUAAAUAGCUGCCUUAAUACUAGUGAUAGUUUAAACAUUUCAAGUUGGACAAGGUCCAAACAACAUAAUGCAAAUCUUCAUUCUUCAAAGGAAGAUAUUUCUCAACUUUCUGAAAAUGUCAACAUUACUUUGCUAAGUUUAAGGCCACGAAAACUAAUAAAAAGUAAAAAAAUUGCCUAAAACUAAACCAAGAUUUAAAAAUCUUGAUGAAACCUAAUUGAAUUUCAUUAUCAUUAUGUUAUAAUAAUUAUAUAAAUGCAUUUAUUUAGUGUAAGUAAAUAACUAGUUAUACUUUUAUAGAAAUUGGAAUUUUAUUAUAUAUUAUACUUAAAUCUUAUUAUAUAUUAUACUUAAAUUUUAUGGACCUUUAACUAUUAUUUUAAUACACAAAUUUUUAUAAAUUUGUAGCAUUUAUACCUUAUGAUAAUAUAUGAGUUUGAUUUAA